AUGAAGAUUGUGAAGUUCCCCUGGUUGAGUCAUAGGGAGGAACGCAGGAAAUAUGAAGUUUAUACCGUUGAUGUCAGUGCCGAUGGUAAACGCAUAGCUACUGGAGGUUUAGACGGUAAGAUUAGAAUAUGGUCAGUAGCUUCUAUUCAAGAAGCUGCUAAGGAAGAGUCUGCUAAACGUACAGUAGAUGAAGAAUUAAAGAGACCGCUUGCUAGUAUGAGUAGGCAUACGGGUUCUGUAACUUGUGUUAAGUUUUCACCAGAUGGGAAAUAUCUGGCUAGCGGUUCAGAUGAUCGUAUAUUACUUAUAUGGGCUAAGGAUGAGGAACCUAGGACUGAACCAAUAUUUGGUAAUGAAUUUGAAAAGGAGCAUUGGAUGGUACGAAGAAGAUUAGUGGCACAUGAUAACGAUAUUCAAGAUAUAUGUUGGGCACCAGAUUCGAGUAUAUUGGUUACAGUGGGGCUAGAUAGAUCGAUUAUUAUUUGGAGUGGAUCUACUUUUGAAAAAAUUAAAAGAUUUGAUGUACAUCAAUCAUUAGUUAAAGGUGUUGUGUUUGAUCCAGCAAAUAAAUAUUUUGCAACCGCAUCGGAUGAUAGAACUUUAAAAGUGUUCAGGUAUCACAAGGCAGGAGAUUUAGCAUUUACGAUUGAGCAUGUGGUAUCUGAUGCGUUUAAAGGCUCACCUUUAACCACGUAUUUCAGAAGACCCUCAUGGUCACCGGAUGGUCAACAUAUAGCGGUACCGAAUGCAACAAAUGGGCCAGUUAGUUCGGUGUGCAUUGUUAACAGAGCGAAUUGGGAUACAAGUAUAAGUUUAAUUGGUCAUGAUGCACCUACUGAGGUUGCUAGGUUCAAUCCGAGACUUUUCGAAGUACAAAAUGGAGGUCAAUCCAACGCCGAGGGUACUGAGGAUCAGAAGAACAAACGCGAAGAAGUGGAAUCGAUUGUAGCAACUGCAGGUCAGGAUAAAUCCCUUGCUUUAUGGGGUACUAGUAAAGCCCGUCCCAUUUUUGUCGCUUAUGAUAUUGCGAAUAAAUCGAUUACGGAUAUGGCUUGGACUCCACAAGGUGAUACACUCUUCGUUAGUUCCCUAGAUAGUUCACUAACAGUUCUUUUCUUCGAUAAAGGUGAAUUAGGUAAAGCCAUACCGUUGGAGAAAAAUAUCGAGCAACUGCACAGAUACGGUGUGGAUAAAGAUUCCUUGGAUUUCCCUGAAAGUGUUAAACAACUUUCCUUAGAGGAGGAGGCAAGAAAGUGGAGACCGCAACCAAGGGAACCUUCGAUUGGGUUCUUGGAAUCACGAGUAGGUGUCAAGGAAAGUCAACGGGCUAAUAAUAACAAUGAUAAUAGUAAUGAUAAUGACUUUAAUAAGGAGAAGGAGAAGGAACAAACUCCAGCGGUUUCUAGGAAUGAAAAUAUUAACAUUUUGAUACCGAAGCGUAAGAAGGAUAAUAAAUUAAAUCAAACUGAGGUUAAAGAUGGUCGUAAAAGAGUGGCCCCCACGUUACUUUCAUCGGGUUAUUCGCCAGUUAGAGCAACACCUUCAUUUGAUAAACCCAGUGGUGGUGUCACUAAACCUACAACUGCUGCUCCCAAGAAGAAACCUGUUUCUUUAUCAAUGCAGGGAGCUGAGGGUAAGAUGAGUAUACAAUCAUAUCCAAUGCCAAGAUUGGGUAUUCAUACCUUAAUCAUGGGUAUGAAAGAGAGGGGAAAGGAUGUUUUUUACAAGGAGAAAGAUUUGACUGCACAAUCACAGAAAGAUGGCAAUGACAUAUCACCAGGCGUUGAAGGUGGUAUCCCAAACGCUGAUACCGAUAUAAGUGAAGAGGAACACACAAUGACACUAAAUUCCAAGUUGACACAAGAUAAGGUCUGGGUUGAUGAACCAAAUGUACGAUACCUGAAGACGCCAGGAAUCAUACCUGAUACAGAUGCGGUUCUUCUAGAAUGUGGGACUUUCGAAGAUUUUUAUGUGCUUGAAAUUCGUAAUGGUGUGGAAAGAUCAAUUCAAUUCGAUACAGAAGCAUUACUCGAUAACCCAACGAGAAUUCUUGGUUACCACAAAGGUAAGAGGACGAUUGAACUGUUUGUUCCAGAAGUAGUAAUUUGUGCUGUGGGGUCAAUAAAUUGCAAGUUGUGGUGCCUGGCCACAGCAAAUGGAUCUAUCUUCAUCAUCUCGCAUAGUGGUCAGUAUAGAUCACCAAAGAUAAGCCUUGGUCACAAAGUCAUUAAAUUAAGGGCACAAGAUGAGUAUCUAAUUGCCUUUACAGAAAGAGGUUUAUUCUUUGUGUGGAACUUGGCUACAUUGAAACUCAUUUACAAAAAUGUUCCCAUUUUGCCAAUCCUCAAUGGUGAACCAGUUGAGGGGAACAGAGUCCGCAGCGGUAAACGCAUCAAGAGUUUCUGCUUAGAUGCGGAUGCCAAAUCACUGUUAGUCCAUAUGACUAAUCCCGAUAUGAUCUACCAGUGGAUAGGUCAGCUUGGUUGCUGGUGUGAAUAUGACGAAGACAAGAUUGUUGGUGCAGAAUAA